GGCGACUAUAGUAUGAGAUUUCUCACUUCAUUUCGGUCUUUGUGCCGCUUCGCGUGCAGUUAAAUACGAGACGAGAGCAAAAGAGCCGAGCUGUGGAGCAUCAGGGAACUCUUUUUUUUUUUUUUUUUAAUAUUUACAUGCUCGAGGGUGGUCAGGGCAGGACGGGAGAUGGGGUGUUUGUUUGCGGGAUGAGAGCCGCCGGGGGAGCGCUAGGGGUCUGCCUGGGUACCGGUAGUGCGGAGCAGCAGCGGGGUCAGCUCUCACGCUGAUGACCGAGCCGGGGACACGACGUGUUGUGACAAACUCGCCGAGAUGAUUUCUACGUUUUUCCCCCUGAAAAAACUGCGGCGAAACGGCAAAUAUCUCCUGAUCGGGGUGAUUGUGGUGGUCGGAGCUCUGGCCAUCUACAACGGGAACGUCGCCACAAAAGCAAAAGCGUGGAGCGGUAAAAUGGGUGUGAAUCCUUACAGUGAGAGCAGACACUGGAGAGGAGACAUGCUUGACCAAAAGACGAGAAAGGACUAUCAAGCUGACUCUGUGGAUGAUUCAUCUGCUUGGACCUCCAGCUACACUCCACAAAUUUGGAAGCCAGAGUUUCAGGGACGGGCCAAUCUGCAUGUAUUUGAGGACUGGUGUGGCAGUUCCACUUCUGACCUGCGCAAGAACCUGCACUACCCAUUGUACCCACAUUCCAGGACUACGGUGCAGAAACUGGCUGUGUCUCCUCAGUGGACCAACUACGGCCUGAGAAUAUUUGGUUAUUUGCAUCCAUAUAUUGAUGGAGACUUUGUGUUUGCUUUAAGCUCCGAUGACAAUUCUGAACUCUGGCUCAGCGUCGACGACUCCCCUCUCAACUUACACUUGUUGGCAUGGGUUGGAAAGACGGGCACAGAGUGGGCAGCCCCUGGCGAGUUUGAAAAGUAUGCCAGUCAGACCUCCAGACCGGUUAGGCUGUUUGCUCAGAAGAGAUACUUUUUCGAAAUUAUCCACCAGCAAAACGACAGAGGCACCGACCACGUGGAGGUGGCAUGGAAGCUCUUGGACCAGGGCUUGUCGUUUACGGUUAUUGAAUCCCAGCACAUCUCCCUUUAUGUUGAUGAGUCUGCCUUGUUGAUGAGCGAUGUUACCCACAUACCACAGACGGCUGCCAGCCACCAACACACCCCCACGAAGCACCGCGGUGCUGCACCAGACAUGCUAGGAGAAGACCCAAGAGAUUCACUCCACCGAGUUCAUCUGAUAAACAGCAAGUUCCUCCGAGGUGUCCUGCCUGACUGCUUAUACCAACCCACCUACACCAUAAAAGACUUCCCUCUGCUCCGUUAUCAAGGACUGCAGUUUGUCCACAUGUCCUACGUCUACCCAAAUGACUACACCCGGCUCACACACAUGGAGACGGAGAACAGCUGCUUCUACCCUGAGAGCCCUUACUACAUGAAAAUGUUUGGUUUCUCCAGAUACAUGAGAUUAGACCGCGCAGGUACACAGAUGGAAAGAAACACUGGAUUUGGUUUCCAGAGGAGGCAGUCGGUCCUGAACGAGGGAAAGAACUUUGACAACGACGGCUAUGAGACAGAGAAGGAAGUCGGGGCGGAUCGGGUGGAUAAUGCCCUCUUCCCAGACUACGGAGAUGAUUAUGAUGAUUAUAUUCAGAAACGCAAGCGCAAACUCUUCUCUUUCGUCCCUCGAAAGAUAAAUGGCGCAAUGGACAAAUCCUCUGAUGCACAACUGUUCAUGCAGGCGCCUCAGAAGAAGCGUCGGAAAAAGUCUCAAGGAGAGCAAACGAAACCGACGAUGCACUUGCUGCAAAACAGGACCGCGUUAAAGCAUGAGAGCCAGGUUAAAAAAGCAGGCCCAAUAAAAUCAAAAGGAAAGGCAAGACCGGCCAAGAGACUAAAAGUAAAAUUAUCUGGGAGAUCAGGGCAAAUGGAUCCACCAAUGCCGGUUGAUAAAAAGCCGCUUAUAGCCAAGCAAGGCCAAUCUGCUCCAUCACAGCAGCCCAACUCCACCUCGCAUCAGAUACAAAUGUCUCAUUUAAUGAAUCGUAGUCAGAUCCAGAAAAUCAAAGACGAUCUGCUUCAAGAGCCAGACGGGGAUGCUCCGGUGGCUAAAAGAAGCGCAGUAGGAGAUAAGCUGAAGAGUGGAACAAUAAAGGAGGAGCACCUGGACGACACCCAGCAGUUUACCUCUCCAGGAAGAAAUGUCAACCGCUUUGAAGUGAGAUCAAAUCAAGCUGAAACAGAUCCAAGAAAAAGCCUCCAAGAUAAGGAGAUAGAGAUGAAUAUGCCUCUACAACAAGAAAACGACAUCUAUACAACUACGGUGGUUGCUCGUAGGAAAACUAGAAACGGGUGGGAAGAUGUGAGAGGAGAGGAAGAUGUGAGAGGAGAGGAAGAGGAGAUUCACAGGAGCGCUGAGAGCAGAAGAGACGGAGGGGAGGUAGAGGGAGACUCUAUAUGGAGUCAACGGGAAAAUUUUGCCAGUGACGACGAGGAUCUCACUCCAGCACCGGUGUUUGACACUCAGGUCAUCUGGAACCAAACUUUCCAGGUGAACCACCUUGAUCUUCAGGCAUAUCGCUCAGACUGGAUUGACCUGCGCUGCAACGUCUCUGGAAACCUGCUGCUCCACGCCAGGGAUGCUCUGCCCAUAGUCAAGGCUUUCAUGGACCAUCUCAAUGAAAAGCAUCAAGGGUGGUUUACAUUGGUGCGCGUGGUUAACGUGGUGAAGCGCGUGGACGGGGUCCAGGGCAGUCGCUACCUGCUGGAGCUGGAGGUGAAGGAUGCAAACGGCCAGCUGCUGCGCCUGACCCACUACAUCUAUGCUCUGAUUCGCCGCAGCAAAGACCACGGUUUCCAGCAGUCGAAACCUCAGCUGGUUCUGUGUAACCCCGUGGGCUUUGGCUGGAACCCUGUUGCCACCGUGCACUUCAUCGUGCCUGUAAAAAACCAGGCAAGGUGGGUGCAGCAGCUGAUUGCAGACAUGGAGCAACUGUACAAAGAAACUGGAGAUGAGAAUUUCAGCCUCAUAAUCACGGAUUACAACAGCAUUGACAUGGAUGUGAAGAAGGCCCUUGAGAAAUCUCAACUUCCCAACCACCAAUAUGUGAAGCUCAGUGGGAACUUUGAGCGCUCUGCAGGUCUGCAAGCAGGUAUUGAUCUAAUAAAUGAUGACCACAGCAUCGUAUUCCUUUGUGAUCUGCACAUCCACUUCCCUCCUUCAAUUGUUGACACCAUCAGGAAGCAUUGCGUGGAAGGGUACAUGGCUUUUGCUCCUAUAGUCCUCAGGCUGGGCUGUGGCACCACGCCAUUAGAGGCCAGAGGUUACUGGGAGGUCAAUGGAUUUGGCCUGUUGGGAAUCUAUAAAUCAGACCUGGAUGCAAUUGGAGGAAUGAACACCAGGGAAUUCAAAGAGCGCUGGGGAGGGGAAGACUGGGAGCUCCUCGACAGGAUCCUCCAAUCUGGACUUGAAGUGGAGAGAAUUUAUUUGAGGAACUUCUUUCACCACCAUCACUCCAAACGUGGCAUGUGGAACCGGCAGAUGUCAACAGGCCUCAGGUGACCUUGUCACUUGCUGCUGCAAACAUGAUGCAGCCAUGGUUACAGCCAUGGCAACCAGAGCACUUUAAGGACUCCCGUUGUCUCUUAGAAACACCUUCCCACCAGACUUUGCAGCGUCACCAUUCACCCUGGCUUCGUGCUGGUGGUGGAAGCAGUGGACGUUGACUGCUAAAAAGAUACUACUGUUCAUAGUUUAUUUCACUGGAUGUACUGCUGAAUACUACAAAACUACUGUCUGAUCACUGUAAGACUGGACGUGAGACAAUGCUGUGCACCAUGUUGCUGACUGAGUCCCUGAUCUGCACUAGAGGCUGCAAGAAAAAAGGCCAUAUCCAAAGAUGAAACAGAGCUAACAAGGUACAUCCCGGGAAUGUAUCCACAGAAACACACGCGUGUCCCAUAUCAUGAAGAUCAGUUUUGUGCACAGGUUUGAACUUGAACUUUUUCUUUUCUCCUUUUUCAUUAUGACAAAAAAGAAAUGCAUGUAUUUUGUCUGAUUUUUGUGUGUUCGGCAAACACAGCCUUAUUUCUUAAGCUGUACAUCACGGAUCAUGUCAUAUUUAUUGAAUCUGUUUGUUUGUUGGUGUUUUUUCAUUUGAAACUGUACUUGUAUUUCAUUUAUUUCCAGUCACAGACAUGUACCUCCGUUUACCUCCGAAGUGUCCUUCCCUGUUUUGUUCUCAUGUCUGGUCACGAAAAGCCUUAAAUAUGAACAUUUCAUCAUUAUUUCCCUUUUUAGUGUUUUUAGGUCUUUUUUUUUUGUUUUAAAGAAAUGUUCAUUUAAAAUAAAUCAGUUUCAGAAUGACUUUUACUUAUUUUAUUAGACUUGAUGCACGAGCAGAAAUCAUAUGGUAGAAAUAUAUGUUGACACAGGUAUGCUGUGUGUGCAAAAUUUUUAUUUAUCGUUGUUAUUUAAAACAAGGGGAAUGGCAGCAUUUUUCUUACUGUUCGCAUUCCAGUUUAAUAAAUCGUUUUGUCCUUGUCAGUAAUGUGAACCUGAUUAAUGUUGCACUGUCGCUUGUUAUUUGGAAUAAUGAGGAUCAUGUUUUUUUGUUUAUUUUUUUUUUUUAUGAUGAUUUUGUGUUUUAUAAAACUGCAAAAAUGUUGUUUUUUUUUUUUUCCUCACCUCACUUGCAUCCUAUUUUUGAAGAAAAUCAGCUCAAGUCCUCUCUGUGUUUUAUGCUGGAAUCAGCCUGUGUCUUAUUCGAAGGUUCUGGAGUCUCCUCCCUCAGGGACGUGUUACACUGCUUGUCUUGCCUCGACAAAUCUGACAAAUAAAUUUUUCAAAAAAGG